AUGGAAUCCGUUGUGCUCCGAGCCAUCUGGCUCACCGUCCUCAUAGGCGGAAUGCUGCCUUGCAUCGCAUCCGAGAUAACUGAACCAACGAUGACCACAAAUCCGGAUUUCACGGUCACAAUCCCCAAAGGCGGACUUCCUCAGGAUGUCGAGGAAGUUUUUUUUCUCCAGCCGUCUCAGAUCCUCCGUGUCAUCGACGAGACAGGGAAAGCCGUCUACAUGCCCCAGGCGAUCACUGACUCGGUUGAUGCUUCUCAGGGAUCCCGCACUGACGCUGACGUUGCUUCUUCUGAGUCGUAUUCCGCCGCGUACGCAUUCGUGAAUGGAAAAUGCGACUUUACGACGGAGAUCCAGUACAAAGAAGCAUUUUCUGACUACACGGCGCCAUUAUGGGUUCGUA